AGUAACAUAAUGUCAACAUUCGUAAAAAUAAUCUCUUUCGGUUCAGCAACAACCUUUGAAUCAGUAAAAACUGUUGAACCUCACCAAAUAGAGUUUAGGUUUCAAUCAUGAUAGUGUUUUCGAAUCUGUGUCCGCAUUUUCAAAGAGUCGCAGCGAUAUUUUUAUUCGCUUGUGUUGUGGUCAAUGCUGGAGUAAUCGAUAAUCGAAUUGACAAAUAUGUUGAUGUACAUGGUAAUUGUGCAGUGCCAACGAAAUUGUUGAAUGAAAUUCAGUCUUAUCAGCCGAUUGUGAAUAAAAUCGCCAAGGAAAUUCUGAAUGGUAACUUCACCGGCGACACUUGGAACAGUCUAUCGGAAUUUAUCGAUGAAUUCGGUCCGAGAUUCUCCGGAUCGAAGUCAUUGGAGUGUUCCAUCGACUAUAUGGUUAACAAAUUGAAGGAGGUAGGCUUAGAGAAUGUGCACACUGAAAACGCAACCAUUCCGAGAUGGCAGCGUGGCUACGAAUCUGCGCAUCUAGUCGAGCCCCAUGAACAGAAUCUUCCGCUGUUAGGCUUUGGUUUCAGUGUCGGUACUCCUCGUGGUGGUAUAAUCGGUGAUGUUGUUGUCGUUGAAAGUUUCGAUGAAUUGGAUCGCUUAUCGGACGACGUUGUGCAUGGAAAAAUAGUGGUUUUCGCACCAGAAUGGGUCAGCUAUGGCGUUACAGUUCAGUAUCGAUCGAAAGGUGCAUCUAGGGCGGCGAAAAAAGGAGCAAUCGCAGCUCUAGUCCGUUCGAUUACACCAUUUUCGAUUGGAUCCCCACACACAGGAAUGCAAACAUAUGAACAAGGAGUCGCUCAAAUUCCGGUUGCCGCGAUAACGGUUGAAGAUUCAAAAAUGUUGCUGAGAUUGUACCGAAGAGGAAAACGUAUGACGAUUCGUCUGAAAAUGGAAGAUCGAAAUUUGGACCCGUAUGAUUCUAGAAAUACCAUUGCUGAGUUACAUGGACGUACACAGCCAAUUGAUAAAAAAGUUGUGGUGGUGUCUGGUCAUUUAGACAGCUGGGACGUCGGAGUUGGUGCAAUGGAUGAUGGAGGCGGUGCGUUUAUAUCGUGGAAAGCUAUUGAGUUUCUUAAAAAAAUGAACCUACGUCCAGCGCGAACAAUUCGAUCAAUUUUGUGGACGGGCGAAGAAGUUGGAAUCGUUGGAGCGCAAGAUUAUCAACGGGCGCAUGCAGCCAAUGAACAGGAAGAAUUCAAUUUCUUUAUCGAAUCGGACAUUGGAACAUUCGAACCGACUGGCCUAGACUUUACCGGCAAUGCCGACGCCGAAUGCAUUUUUAAAGAGAUUCUCAAGCUGAUGGCACCAUUAAAUGCGACAGAAUUUGCUAAACCCACCGACGGCGGUCCAGAUAUUGAACGGUGGACUAAAAGAGGAUUUCCCGGUGCGUCACUGUUGAAUAAAAACGAAAACUACUUCUGGUAUCAUCAUUCAGCUGGGGAUAGUAUGCUUCUGGAACAGCCACAAAAUUUGGAUAAGGCAACUGCACUGUUUGCUGCCUGUGCGUAUGUUGUUGCCGAUCUAAGUAUUGACAUGCCCAGAGACAUUCAAUAAACUGAAUUUGAUUGUUAUAA